AUGGCUUCCAAAAGAGUGGUGGUUGCUGGUGGUAAUGGAUUCUUAGGGUCACGAAUCUGCAAAGCUGCCGUGGCUAGAGGGUGGUCGGUGAUGUCUCUGAGCCGAUCCGGAGAACCACGAUGGGAUACCGUUACAAGCUCCCCAGAGCGACCUAGCUGGGCCAGCUCUGUUGAAUGGACCAGGGCAGAUCUACUGAAACCGGAAUCAUAUAAGCCCUAUCUGCAGGGGGCGAAUGCUGUUGUUCACAGCAUGGGGAUCCUUCUUGAGGCAGACUACAAGGGCGUCGUGCAAGGACGAGAGCCUAUUAUCAGUGGCCUACAGAGAGCGUUCAGUUCCUCCAAACUAGGGAGCCAGAAUCCGCUUCAGAGAAAGGAAGGAGAGGCAUUAGAGCCAAAGGAGGGUGAUCGACAGUUGACUUAUGAACUGAUGAAUAGAGAUUCUGCCAUUGCUCUAGCACAGGAAUCAUCAGGCGAGCAUGUUCCGACGUUCGUAUUCAUCUCUGCAGCCGGUGGAGCACCAAUCCUUCCAAGCAGAUAUAUCACGACCAAACGAGACGCCGAAGCAACCAUAUCAUCGAAGCUCCCAGACCUGCGGAGUAUCUUUAUGCGCCCUGCGUUCAUGUAUGAUUCGAGCAGAAAGUUCACAUUGCCGAUAGCGUUGGGUGGAUUUCUUGGUACUGAGGCCAAUGCUUUCUUGGGUAACAGACUUCAAUUCCUUGGAUCGAUGGUUGACAAGCCGCUGCAAGUGGACGUUGUUGGUGAGGCCGUAGUCGAGGCGAUGGACGAUGAAUCAACACGCGGUGCAGUUGGGACGAAGCAAAUCGAAACACUGGCGACCAAGGCCUGGAGGAAAAGCAUGGUCUGA